AUGGUGUCUCCAAGCCAGCACGUGGGCCCAGCAGUGCAGGCCAGGCGUUUGCUAGGCCGGCAGCGCAACUGCGGCGCUUUGGAGGGGCGCCCGGAGGACCAGGGUUUCUCGCACGCGGGCAGCAGCCCUGCAGUGCCAUUAGGACCGCUAACGCACAAGAUCUGGCGAGAGCAGCAGGCCGCAUCCUGCCCAGAAACUGCUGAGAGCAACCGGGGCUGCGGGGUGGAGCGUGUGUCAGCCGGUAUCCCUGGAAGCUCUAAUGUGGCUGCUGGCAGUAACCGUCGUCUUCAGCAGACUCAACAUCAAGUAGAUGAGGUUGUUGACAUCAUGAGAGUGAAUGUGGACAAGGUAUUGGAGCGAGAUCAGAAGCUGUCAGAGUUGGAUGACCGUGCUGAUGCACUGCAAGCAGGAGCUUCCCAGUUUGAGACCAGUGCAGCCAAGCUGAAAAGAAAGUAUUGGUGGAAGAACUGUAAGAUGUGGGCAAUAUUGAUAGCUGUUGUUGUCAUUCUCAUCAUCAUCAUUAUUGUCUGGAUUGCAUAUUCAUGA